AUGAAGAGAGUGACCUGGGGCCUUCUCCUCACACGGGCAGGCCUGCCUGCCUUGGAAACCAAUGACCUGGUGGAUAAAGACAGUCCCUUCUCUUAUGACUGGGAAAGCCUGGAGCUGGGUGGGAUGAUUGUUGGAGGGCUCCUGUGCAUCGCUGGAAUUUUGAUAGCUCUAAGUAGAAGCUGCAAAUGCAAGUACAGUAAGAAGCACAGCCCCUUACCUGAGAGAGCCGCUCCACUCAUCACUCCAGACCCUGCCAGUACCUGCUGA